AUGUUCUACGUGCUACUUGUCCCAGCUCUUAUUCUCUGGUACACUUACUGGCGAAUGUCUAGAAGGCAUAUGUACGAAUUAGCUGAAAAACUUCAAGGGCCACCAGGAUUGCCUUUACUUGGAAACGCUUUGGAAUUUACUGGGGGAUCGGAUGAAAUAUUUAGAAACAUUGUCCAGAAAAGUAUUCCAUAUGACAAUGAAUCAGUCGUGAAACUCUGGAUUGGGCCGCGCCUUCUCGUAUUCCUGUACGAUCCCCGGGACGUCGAGCUAAUUCUAAGCAGCCAUGUCCACAUUGACAAAGCUGAUGACUACAGAUUUUUCAAGCCCUGGCUCGGUGACGGACUCCUUAUCAGCACAGGACAAAAAUGGCGUUCGCAUCGCAAAUUGAUUGCACCAACCUUCCAUUUAAACGUACUGAAGAGUUUCAUCGACUUAUUUAACGCUAACUCUCGCGCUGUUGUCGAUAAGCUGAAGAAAGAAAGCGGGGUCUUCGACUGCCAUGACUACAUGAGCGAGUGUACUGUAGAAAUCCUUCUUGAGACUGCGAUGGGUGUAAGUAAAAGUACUCAAGACCAAGGCGGUUUUGAAUAUGCAAUGGCCGUGAUGAAAAUGUGCGACAUUCUUCAUUUGAGACACACUAAGAUUUGGUUACGACCUGACUUGCUUUUUAACUUCACCCAAUAUGCUAAAAUUCAAAACAAACUUCUUGGUGUCAUCCACGGAUUAACAAAGAAGGUCAUUUUAAGGAAGAAGGAGGAGUUCAAAACUGGAAAGAAGCCAACGUUAGUCAGUGAGGUCGAAGCUCCUAAAGAAAACUCUACAAAGACUACUUCAGUCGAAGGUCUUUCCUUUGGUCAAUCAGCCGGUCUUAAGGAUGAUUUAGAUGUCGAUGAUGAUGUUGGACAGAAGAAACGCCUUGCUUUCCUUGACUUACUUUUGGAGAGCUCACAGAGUGGAGUCGUUAUCUCAGACGAGGAAAUUAAAGAACAAGUGGACACAAUUAUGUUUGAGGGUCACGACACUACUGCCGCUGGAAGCAGUUUCUUCCUUUCGAUGAUGGGAAUUCAUCAAGAUAUUCAAGCUAAAGUUAUUGAAGAACUCGACCAGAUAUUCGGUGAUUCCGAUAGGCCAGCAACAUUCCAGGAUACUUUAGAAAUGAAGUACCUUGAAAGAUGUUUGAUGGAGACUCUCAGAAUGUUCCCGCCAGUGCCAAUUAUCGCUCGUCAUCUGAAGCAAGAUAUUACACUUCCUUCAAGUGGCAAGAAGGUGCCUGCUGGUGCUACAAUUGUAAUUGCAACAUACAAACUGCACCGUCGCCCUGAUGUGUAUUCCAACCCUGACAAAUUUGACCCCGACAACUUCCUACCAGAACGCUCUGCUAAUCGUCACUACUACGCUUUUGUACCAUUCUCCGCUGGACCAAGAAGUUGUGUUGGCCGCAAAUACGCUAUGCUUAAAUUGAAAAUUAUCCUAUCGACCAUAUUAAGGAAUUUCCGUGUUAUUUCUGACCUCAAAGAAUCUGACUUUAAACUCCAAGCAGAUAUCAUCUUGAAACGCGCAGAAGGAUUCAAAGUUCGCUUGGAACCUCGCAAACGGAUGACAAAAGCCUUUUAA